AUGGUCAGGUUAGACUUUUAUGGAACUGGGAAAGAUAGUAGAUUGAUUAAAUCGAUGCAAAACUUUCCUCCUUUAAUGGCAAGUCCUGACAAGAGCUCUUCAUUGGAGCAAAGAAAUGAGUUAGAUAAGAAUUUUAAAGCUGAAAGCAGAAUCUAACAUGAAAGUUAAAUUUACAGAGAUAAUUUUAAGCAAAAUAAUUGUAGUUAUUCAUAAGACAAGAAGUAUUUUUAAAGUCAUUAUGACUCUUUGAAAUAAAAAAGUUAAGCUUAUGAUACAACAAAAUAAUAAUCUUUAAAUAGCCCAUUUCAUUCAUCCAGCUUAAAGCUCUUCAGUAAUAAAGCCUAUGCAGAAUCUCCAAGAAAUAACUAAGUAAAUAAAAGUAACUUUUCAACAAGAGUGCAGAGCUUAAAUGCUACAAGAAAUAGUGAUAACAAUAAGAAUUUUCAUGAUUAGAUUUCAAACUAAGCAAGUCCAGUUGCAUAAACGAAGUCUAGCUUAAACGUGAAUAAUAUAAAUGGAAGUAUUGAAAAAGAUCAUUUUUAUGUGACAAGACCUUUACUUAGAAUAAAUAAAGAUUUUAUUGAAAAACCUUUAAUUAAGAAUGUCUAAGUGGUAUCAGAUGAUCUGCCUAACUGGUGCUAGUCAACUAACAAGUAUUACACUCCAGAAAAUAUUGAUAAAACUAAAAAGUCGAAGAUAGUUAUAAAAAAAAACCAAGAUAUUUUUGGAAACGAUAUUAAAAUGUAUCCCAACAAUUUUAAAUUUUUCUGCGAACCACCAUCUGAAGGACAAAGAUUUGAAAAGAAAAGGAUGGUGAUUGCAGACCGAUAAGAAGAUUCUAAAAAAACAUAAACAAAAAAGGAAUUAAUGCUAGGCAAACUUAGACUGAGAUGGGAUGAAGAUGUAAAAAAGUAAAAAUAUGAACCUCGCUUGCCUUUGAAGAUAGGACACGAAAACGAAACUCCAUACAUUAAAAAAUUAGAAAUGAAAAGAAAUUCAUCCCUUAACGAGUUUAGAAAGAUAGGUGAAGUAGAUCAAUUCAAACGCGAAAAUCGAGAUAAACCUGUAUAGCUUAAAAUUGGACAUGGCAUACCAGAGAUAAUAAAUCCAAUAAAAUUUAAUUUAUCAUGA